GCCUGUCAGACUCGAAAACGUUCCUUUCAAAACAAACGUGGAAACGUGCUCGGGUAUCCUCCGGCUAAUUAUCCGCAAAAUAGUUUGAUUUUUUCCACGAAAAAUGGCCCUCAAAGCAUUGAAAUGUCGCAGUUCCAAGCGUCAGAAGGCGUCACUGCGUUACAAGGUGAUCAAAAAGAUAGCAGCCAACAAGCGAAAAAAGGAAAAGGAGGCCAAGAAGCUGCCCAAGUUGCGGUCAAAGAAGCAGAAAAUGAUUCAAGUUCCCAACAUUUGCCCGUUCAAAAAGGAAAUUUUGGAAGAGGUUGAAGAACACAAACAACUUGCUGAACAGGAGCGGGAACGCAAAAAGGAAUUGCUAAAGCAGCAACGACUGAAGGCACUCGAAGGACAGACACUUGAAUCGAUAGCUGCUGACGCCGACCGCCGGGGAUCCGAGUAUGAUCCAUCCAAGGCAGCACCGGUCGAAGAAGAGUACGUCAACUUUGGCAAGGGUAAAGAGGGAUCGCUCAAGGCUUACUUCAAGGAGUUCAAAAAGGUAAUCGACGCAGCCGACGUCAUCUUGGAAGUGGUGGACGCUCGCGAUCCACUGGGCACACGUUGCAGCGAAGUGGCUCAGAUUGUACGGGAAGCUCCCGGCCAGAAGCGUUUGGUUUUGAUUCUGAACAAAGCUGAUUUAGUUCCAAGAGAGAAUUUGGAAAAGUGGCUUAAAUAUUUGCGCAAAUCUGGACCGGUCAUUCCUUUCAAGGCAACGACCCAGAGCCAGAAAUCGCACAUUGGCAACCGAAAGUUUAAGGUCGCACAAUCGCUGGAAUGUUCACCCUGUAUCGGGGCAGAUUUGCUCAAGGAAUUGUUGGCCAAUUAUUGUCGCAGCGAUGAUAUCCGAACUUCCAUCCGGGUUGGCAUCGUCGGGCUGCCAAAUGUUGGCAAAAGCUCACUGGUAAAUUCGUUGAAACGAAAACGAGCAUGUCUGGUUGGAGCUAAACCUGGAGUGACUAAACAAAUGCAGGAAGUACAGAUCGAUUCACACGUCAAACUUUUAGAUAGCCCCGGAAUUAUAUUCCAGAAGCCACAGGAUGAAGAUCACCACCGAUUCUAUGCCUUAAAAAAUGCACAAAAAGUCACAGAAAUUCAGGAUCCCUUCCCGCUGGCCGAGGAUAUUCUAAAAAGGGGAACCAUGAGCUAUUUCUGCAAGCUCUACGACCUGUCCGAGUUCCACUCGACGGACGAAUUUCUUGCCAAAAAAGCUAUCCGGAUGGGUGCCUUGGCAAAGCGAGGAAUUCCAGACGUCCGGAAAGCAGCUCGUGCCCUCAUCGAGGACUGGAACACUGGCAAGAUAAAAUACUGCACCCAUCCACCGGAAGAAGGCGAUGACAUUCACAUCAGCGCUCAGCUGGUUUCCAGCGGCAACGCCCCAGAGUUUAAUUUGGAAAGUUUUGAUAAGGUGUUGCAGGAUCUGGACAACCAGUAUGAGGAUAGCUUCAAGCUGAAGGACAAAGACGGUGACGUCACAGACGUGAUCGGUAAACACGAGAUCCUCACCAUGGAAGUCGAUUCCAAGGGUCCGGUUUCGAUGCAGUUGUCCAAAGACGACGAACAAAAUAAUGCAUUGGCAGCGCUAAUGCGGGGCGCAGGAAAAAUAAUCGAGGAAGAUGAUUCGCUCCAAUCAUCCGGUAAAGGCAAGAAACGAAAAGUCAACGAUUACGCUGAAGAGGAGAAGAAAUUCCGCAAGGACCCCAUGUUCCAACUGGAUGGAAACCAGACGGUUAACAAAAACCGAAAAGCAGAGCUGAAGGCUAAGAAAAAGGCAGCCUCGCGAGCGGAAAAGAAAGUAAUGGAUGUAGUAGGCGAUCUGGAAUCUAUGUCUGUUGGGCCCGCGGCCAAGAAAAAGCCAAAGAAGGGAAAUGGUGAUGAUUAUGAUUUCGAUGAUGAUUACCAAAUGUAGGUUCGUUUCAAUCGGUAGAUGCCUUUUUAAAGCUUAACGGUAAAUAAAAUACUUAUACCGUA